AUGGCUCGAAAAUUAUGUCCAAAUGAUGUUUCAUUAUUUUCUGGAAAUGAUACAUUUACACAAUUAUCAUUACAUUAUUUAGAUCUUUUUUAUAAUUUUUAUGCUAAACCACAUGGAUAUAUAUGUUUAGUUAUUUGUAUUUUUGGUCUUGUUACAAAUUUUGUUCAUGUAAUUGUUUUGACUAGAAAAAAUCUUAGAAAAUCAGCCGUAAACUGUAUAAUGACAGCUGUUGCUUUCUGUGAUAUGGGAACAAUGUUUACAUAUUUAAUUUAUAACUUACAUUAUGUUCUUGGAUUUUCAUUUUCUACUAAAUCAUGUUCAAAUAAAAAUUCAUAUAAUUGGAAUAUAUUUUUAUAUAUUCAUGUUAUUGGAUCUAUUCUUCUUCAUUCAACAACAUUAUGGUUAGCUGUAGCAAUGGCAUUUUUACGUCGAAUUACUCUUCAAACAAAUUCAUUUAAUUCAUCAUGGCAAAAAGCAAAAAUAGCACGUAAAAUAUGUAUUGUAAUUUUUAUAUUUACAUUUAUAUCAAUUAUACCAACAAUAUUAGUUCAUAAUAUAGUUAAAUUAAAUAAAUGGUAUCCAAAAGAUGAAGGAAAAAAAUGUUUAAAUGAUUAUGGUGGAAAUGAAAAUAUAUCAUUUCAACGAUAUACAAUUGAUUUUCCUGAAUUUGUAUUAAAAGAUAAUUGUAGAAUAUUUAAAGGUAAUCUUUGGUUAUCAGGAAUAUUAAACAAAGUUAUUCCAUCUUUACUACUAUUUUUCCUUUCCUUUAGUCUAAUGUCAAAACUUAAAAUAGCCCAAGAGAAAAGGAGAAAACUUUUAGAAAAUGGUCAUAAACUUUCACAUGAUAAUACUAUGAAAAGAAAAUAUACUGAUAAAACUACUCCAAUGUUAUUAGCAAUAUUAAUUGUUUUUCUUAUGACAGAAGUUCCUCAAGGAGUAGUUAUGAUUAUCACUGCUAUUUAUACAAAUGAUGGUUUUAAUGUAUUAUAUAAAAAUUUAGCUGAUAUUUUAGAUCUCUUAUCAUUAAUUAAUUCAUCUGUCAAUUUUAUAAUGUAUUGUGUUAUGUCAUCAAGGUAUCGUGCCACAUUCCUUCAAGUUGUAUUAAAUCGUAAAUUUCAAAAUAUUAUUAUUAAUAAAAAUGGUAUUACAACAUUAUUUUUUACAAAAGAAUUUAUUCCAUCAACAUCUAAUGGUAAUCAAUUAUUAAAAAUGAAAAGUACUUCUUUACAAAAUAAUAUUAAUGAAGAAUUAAAUUUUUUAAAUAAAAAAAAAGAUAUUAUUAAUAAUAAAAAUGACAAACAAUCUGUAUCUAUUAAAAAAAUUGGUACUUCUCAAUAUAGAGGUAUGAAAAAAUUAAAAAAUUCAAUUGGAGAAAAAAAUUGUUUUGUAUAUGAGGAUAAAAAUCAAGACAUUACUAAUGUAUGUGAUACUAAUUCAAUUUUUGAAGAUAACAAAGAAGAAUAUUCUAUUGCAAAAAUAGAAGGUGAUAUUCAAAUAUAA